GAGAGAGACAAAGCUGCCAUUUACUGUAACAUCUACAUGGAUGUGAAGGAGGAGGCAUGUGAGGUUGACAUGGAGGAAAGGACCGUAAAUGUUAAGGAGGAGGAUCGUGAGUGGGAAUAUCUCCAUCCAAAACAGGAGAGUCUGGCCGUUAAAGAUGAGGACUCUGAACUGGGGUCAGCGGGCAUCAAAGAAGAGCCUGAAGAGAUGUCCGUCAGCAGUGAGACACACAACCAUGUAAGCGUGGAGAUUGUCAAGGAAGAGGACCUUCAUGAUGGGUGUCAAGAUGGGCUGGUGACUGAGUUAGUCUCUUCUCAAAGCACACACUGUUCAUCUCCAGAAUCUUCUGCUGCUGUGAAGUCUGAAUCAUUACAGUCUGACACAAAGAGAAAAGAAGAAAUUUCAUCUGGAGCUCUUGAAGAUCAACCAGCAACUACAAAUCAGGGUGGAGAAGGAGACAAACCUUUCCGCUGUUUGGAAUGUGGCAAACAAUUUGGUAACUGGAGAAAUCUUCGGCUACACAGUAGAAUUCAUAUUGGGGCCAAGUCAUAUUACUGUUCUGAGUGUGGCAAAGCAUUCUUGCAUAACAGUAAUUUUCACAGGCACAAAAAAAUUCACACUGGAGAGAAGCCCUAUUGCUGUUUGGAAUGUGGUAAGUGCUUCAGCGACAGUGCGACAUUUCAGAGACACACUAGAAUUCACAGCGGAGAGAAGCCCUAUUGCUGUACUGAAUGUGGGAAGCAAUUCUCUGACAAGAAAACUCUUCAGAGUCAUAGGAGAAUUCACACAGGAGAAAAGCCGCAUUGCUGUUCUGAAUGUGGCAAGCGGUUUUUGCAAAUUAGCAAUCUGCGGAGCCACCAAAGAAUUCAUAUGGGCGAGAAGCCGUAUUGCUGUUCUGAAUGUGGCAAGUGGUUUUCAAAAAAGAGCAGUCUUCAGAGCCACCAACGAAUUCACACAGGAGAGAAGCCUUAUUGCUGUUCUCAAUGUGGCACAGGAUUUCGUUACAGGAGCACUCUUCAGAGACACACUAGAGUUCACACUGGGAAGAAGCCAUUUGGCUGUUCUGAAUGUGGCAAAGAGUUCUGUGAUAAAAGUACUCUUCAGAACCAUACUAAAAUUCACACAGGAGAGAAUUCAUUUUGCUGUUCUGAAUGCGGCAAACAGUUCUGGGACAAGAGUACUCUUCAGAACCACACUAGAAUCCACAUUCAAGAGAAGCCAUUUUGCUGUUCUGAGUGUGGCAAACAAUUCCGACACAGGAGUCAGCUUGAGGUUCAUGUUAGAGUUCACACUGGAGAGAAGUCCUAUUGCUGUUCUCAAUGUGACAAAAAGUUUUCAACAAUUAGCUGUCUUCACAGACACACAAGAAUUCACACUGGAGAAAAGCCAUAUUGCUGUUCUGAAUGUGGCAAACAAUUCCGACAGAGGAGUAAUCUUCAGAACCACACUCGAAUUCACACUGGAGAGAAACCAUUCUCCUGUUCUGAAUGUGGCAAACGAUUCUGUCGAAAGGACUCUCUUCAGAAUCACACUCAGAUUCACACCAGGCAGAAGCUGUUUUGCUGUUCUGAAUGUGGAAAAUCGUUCUGUGACAGGAGUCGUCUUUGGUCGCACAUUAAUAUUCACACCAGAGAGAAGUCCUAUUGCUGUUCCAAAUGUGGCAAACAGUUUCCAAGAAGGAGUGCUCUUCAGAUUCACAAAGUAAUUCACACAGGAGAAAAGCCUUAUUGCUGUCCCGAAUGUGGCAAGCAGUUUUCACAAAAGAGCAUUCUUACAAGACACAAAAAAAUUCACACAGGAGAGAAGCCUUUUGGCUGUUCUGAAUGUGGCAAGCAGUUUUCCCAAAAGAUUAAACUCAAGUUCCACCAAACAAUUCACACGGGUGAAAGGCCAUAUUGCUGUUCUGAAUGUGGCAAGCAGUUUUCACACAAGGGCAAUCUUCUGAGCCACCAAAGGGUCCAUACAGGAGAGAAGCCUUAUUCCUGUUCUGACUGUGGCAAACAAUUUUCAAAAAAGAGCUAUCUUCAGAACCAUCAAAGAAGUCAUAAUGUCCCCACAACAAUGGAGCAGACAAGAUCACACAAGCAUACGGUGAGCGAGAAAAUAAGAGGACUAGAUACAGUCCAGUGAUCAAAUGAAGGUAAAGAGGACGUCACAUACUACAACUUCUACACAACUGGUCAUGAGUUCAGAAGGGUACCCUGGGAGGGCUUAUGCAAAAACACAGUGCAGAAAUGUUAUCUCAAUUUUCAAGUUAGAUAAGAUAACUGAUGCAGAUUUAGGAUACUUUAUUGAAAUAUUUAAAGAACGAAAACAAAUUAGUCCAACGAAAUUAGAACUCCACCAAGGAACAACAAAAGAAAGAAUAACACAGGAAAUGAAGAAAUGAUACUAUCAUGAAAGCAUCGGCAGAGAAUUUGCCUAACAAGGAAUUCCAAAUAGAAGGAUGGAGGUACAGUGGAUUUAUAGUGACAACAAUAGAUUGUACUCAACAGAAAGUGCCAGAAAACCACAAGAGAAGAUCGAGGCAGUGGGUGAAGACGAGGAGCAAUGACAGUACGAGAAACCGUAGAGAGUCACAAAAUGGGGGAAAAAAAAAUGAAAAGGAGAGAAAGUAAAGAACACGUCAAGAGCAGAAAUGACACCAUCAUUAGAGGACAAAGUCAUCUGGGAAAUCAUAAAGAAGAACUCCUGAAUUUAUUCAAAGAACAAGUUUACUGAAAUCAAUAAGAAGAGAGGAGUGACCAAGAAUAUCAAUAAGCCGUAAUGAACGGGAUACUACAAGUAAGGCAUCUGUGAGGAAGCAAAGUACAACACCAGUUCUGAAAAAGUUUGGACAU